AUGCCCGAUCUCAACUCGGUUCCUCCAUCACCACAUUCGCUCGCGGCAAUGUCUCGCCGACAGUCAUCGCAGCAGAUGGCCCCCCCGCCCCAGCCAGCACCGACCUCGCACUCCUCCUCGUCCAUCAACAUCCUCCCCUCCAACCAGAACGCCGUGAGCCGUGGUCACAGUCGUCGUGCCAGCUUAAGCCAGCCUCAUGCCGCCUCUCCCCAACUCCACGCCACUAACGCGUUGCAGUCCCAACCUCCCCCCUUGACGGGCGAUUCGUCGGUUGGGCCCGGGCCCGGCCCUUUGAGGCAUCCGCGCCCCCUCACCGCGUCGGAACUUCAUAUGCAGCUGGAGAAGGAACAAGAAGCAGUGGUCAACCGCUUGACUCGUGAGCUUUCUCUUCUCCGAGCAGCUCAGAAUGCGUCUGUUGUUUCCAAUGCCUCGUCUGCCUCGGCCUCGGCCUCUGCUCAUGACCCCCUAACCGAAACCUCUCUUCUCUCUGGCUCGGGCUUCACCAUUCCCACCACACGCCGACACCACCGCAACUCUUCCUCUGCUUCACAGAAUCCAGGCUUGCAGCUUGCUUCUUCGUACGAAACGCGGCAUCCUGUCCCGCGAGCACCACAAGCGGUUCCCCUGUCUCGGCAGUCGUCCCGUUCCCGCAUCAGCCGCACCAACUCCCCGGGGCCCCACCAGAGCGCUCUUGACCCGUCGAGUUACUUCCACAGCCAGCGAGUUCCGCACGCCUCGUCGGUUCCCAUAAACUCGGUUGCCGCGACCCCGGGCAGUGUAAGCCACGCGGAUCAGUUGAGUCCGGGCCUCAUGCCCGUCACUAGCAGAUACGAAGAAACCGCCUUUUACAGAAACGAGCUGGAAACGGCCAAGAAGGAAAACGAAACGCUCAAGAGGCGCAUCAGAGAGCUGGAAAGAAUGGUUCACAGCAGACGGUCAAGCGACGUAAGCCGCCCCCGGAGCGACAGUGUCAGUACAACGGCCAGCGUCAGCAUCGCGCCGUCCGGCGGCAUGAGCAUUGCGGGUCCCCGAGACAGCGGCAUACCCCACCGUCCAGAUCGAGAGCGCGGCAUGACGUUGCAUAGCACCGUCAGUGCUUCGGGGAGCAUGGCGGUUGGGGUGCCAGACGACGAGGUCAAGGUUGGAGAAAGCGCGGCAAGUGCAGGCGUAGCCGGGCAGCCGCUUUGA